CUCUUCAGUGAUGACUGGAGCUGAGACAUGAGAUGCCAGCAAAGCACAGCAGAAGGGCGGACCUCAGUGCGCUGUUUACUUCUUCCCAAACUGUUACACAAAUCUGCGUCUUCUUAGGGGUCUUCUUAUACGAAGGGUGACACUUGUGACAUGUCAGCCCUGUGUGCCAGCAGCUGGUAGAAGAUAGAGGAGCAGCCACAGCAUGUUCACCAUAUCCGGGACAUGAUGUCUCUCCUUCUGACAACUCUACCUCUUUUAUUUAUUUUCGGAUCCUUGUUCUUAUGGGUUGUAUGCAGGUGGUUUCUAUGUAAAUUGGCUAUAAAAUAUUUUCGAACUGCCUUUAAUGCCGAGUUAAAGAUCAACUCUUUUGGCCUGUUCUCUAUAAAUGGAGUGGUCAUCCAGUUUCACCCUCAGCAUACUUUGGAAAUUGACAGAAUAUGGAUAUCAAGUAAACUGUUUAACCAAGGAUUGCCGAGAUACUUGGGAUUAUGUAUUGGAGAAACUCGGAUAAGGUUCGACUUGCACUCCCCAGUGAGUCCAGUGUUGAAACAGAGCCAUGGCAAGAAAUCAGGAAAAAUGUCAGUCAACCCCACUUUACUUCGCUUUUUCUCACAACUGCUAUCAUUCCACAUCAGCUCAAUCAAUAUUAUGGUCCUAAAUCUCGCAUUGUCAGAGUCACUAUGGCAUAUGACUAUUACUGGCAUAACAUUACUACUUGAUCAUCAAAGCAAAAAAUUGUCAUGGGAUUUAUCUGUGGGGCAACUAAGCAGUAAAGUCCUGAAAAGCAGCCAGUUGGACAUAUGUUUGGCUGAGGUUGCUGUGAGCCUCUUGUUGUCAGGUGAUGUGAGUCUGCCUGAUCUGAAGCCAGGCUGUUUAUCUCUGUGUGUGAGGACACUAAUAGGAGAGCUGCAUGAAGGACUUUUCCUCAGUCAGCUUGUGCUUCCUUCUACCCCCACCAAAACCAUAUCAGCAAAUGAUAAUUCUAUUUGUGAAGAUGGUGAGUUUAUUCGAACAGAGGAUGUGGAACAGUUCUAUCAGCUCAUUCCUGAGAAAGUCAAUGUGGAAUUUGAUAAUACAAAUGUAACUCUGUCCAUGCACAGCCAGAAAAGGCACCUGAACUGGACUCUGAAGUCUUUGAAACUUUCCUAUGGAAGGGACAAUGAACAGCACCCACUCAAAAGCUUUACACCUGAACUGAGUUUUCCCCAAAGUCACCUCCAUAUCCUACUGGAAGAUGGACUUCUUCUUUCCCAAAGUAGACAAAGGAUUCUUUGUGUGAAUACACUGAGGACGUCACUGCAAGUUUCAUCCAUGGAUAUUUCCUGCUCGUUCAAUGUCAACACUUGUAUCAUACACUACCGACAUCAGGAGUUUUCCCAUUGGCUUAAUCUGUUUUCAUGGGAAAAACUACUGCACAGAAAAACCGCCCAUAGAAAAAGCCCCUUAGUUUAUUUCCCCAACCUCCUCCUCCUCUUCAGGCGCUUCCCUCACCUGGACGCUCCUGUAAUGCUCACAUCUAGUGUUACCAAUGUGAAUGUAUCUGUGCAACUGGGAGAUACCACACCUUUUGCUCUAGGAUUCCUGUCUGUGAGUGCAGAAUUGAAGCAUCUGCCUGACAUGAAAACUGACCACGAGUCACCAGAGCCACAGAACGUGCACCAGCGUGCCUCUUUGGUUCUGGACAGUUUUUGGUGGAGAGUGGGCCAAGGCUCCCAUAUCCAGCAGGCUCCACACCCGCCUGGUAAACAUGUGUGGGGAGAAGCCCUUGUACUAGACUCUCUAACUCUAAAGGGGAGUCUGAACCGCCCCCACUUUGAAGUUUAUGAUCAGUUGCCAUGUCUCAAUCUGGAAUCGAGCCUAAAGGGGCUGCAGGUGGAGCUAUCAGAGACCUGUGCUUUGUGUCUCUCUCGUCUUCUGUCGCUGCUUGUUCCUGCUGUAAAAGACCAACAGCUUUCAGAAGUUUCUGCUGCACCUGCCCUUAACGAGUCAGCAGUUCAACCCUCCACUCCAUCACAUCUCAACUUUCGCUUUAAAUUGGACUUCUGUCUGGAGGAUGUCAAUGUCUUCACACUAUCUAAUCUGGCUGGAGCUGUGUCUAUGCGGAUGGAUACCAUAAGUGUUAUGAGCUCUGCUGAAAGUUGUAAUAUCACGCUACAAGGCGCUGCACUGUCAGUCAUCAAGAUGGUGAAGGAGAACAUGGAAGUGUGUUGUUCUGCCGCUGAGACUCCAAAUCCAAUUUUGAAACUAACUACUGUAGAUUUUUGUUAUCAUAUCACCAUCCACACAUUUCAGGUCCAAUGUCAAGAGGAGCUCAGUAUAGAAUGGGCACCUUCAGAUCACAUGAUUUUAUAUCAACACAUGACUGAGGCACAAGCGUGUUGGCUAAUGCUUUGUAGGCUGGACAUUCAAAAGGAAAGUCCCGAGAAACCAGCUGGCAGUGGUUCAGGCCAAAACAAAAGUCUCACCGUGCACCUUGAGCUUGGCUGUACUCGCAUCACAGGCCACGUGAGUGAAGAAAACUACAUUAUGCUAAAUGCAGAAGCUAUUUUACUAUCAAAGCAUGCUGGUUCCAUGCAUCUACAGUCCCCAUCUCUUAUAUUUAACUUUGAUGGAAACAACAUCGUCACUUUUAAAUCCCUUGAUGUUGAGACACAUUCAGAUGUAGCAGAAAUGCAGUUGCACAGAGACGCCUUUUCCUUCCUGACCACACCUCGCAACCGCAUCUGGGUCCUGACCUGUCCCUUGUUGGCUGUGGAAUUUCCUUACCAGUAUAAUUUCUCCAACACAUUCGACAUGGCCAUUAGUGUUCAGAAAUGGUUAAAAACACUGCAUCUAUCCCAAAGUCAAACUACUGAUGUUCAGCGUUUGCCUCCUGAUUUUGUAUUCAAAAUCAGUCAGUUUUCAUUUGUCUUCCUCGAUGAUGUCUUUGAAAUUAAGCUGCGUGAUAACUACGAGCUCAUGAAAGAUGAGAGUAAAGAAAGUGCCAAGCGUCUGCAGUUACUUGACAAGAAAGUUGCUGAUCUCCGUAAGCAACAUGGUGAACUUCUCCCUGCUAGAAAAAUAGAGGAGCUGUAUAGUUCACUGGAGAAAAAACACAUUGAGAUCUACAUCCAGCGUUCUCGACGGCUUUAUGCCAACACUCCAAUGAGGAAGUCUCUGCUUACCUGGACUGUGUCAGAUCUGGAGUUGGUGGUCCUGACUGAUGAGUCUCUUCAUGGGCCAGAAAGAGUGAGGGAGCAGCUGAGGGACAUCGACUGGAUAAGCCCAUUCCCAAGAGAAGGACUCCCCCUGGUGGUCCAAUGGUGUCGAGCUGUCAAAUUCAAACUUACAGCAUUUUUGGUGAGAAUACGGGACUACCCUCGAUACUUGUUUGAAAUCCGAGACUGGCAGCUCUCUGGUCGUCUUGUUGGGACAGAACAAGAUGGGUUAGCACGAGGUCAUCGCAAAGAGAUUGUCCCACUUGGCCCACCAUGGGGAGAUGUAACUGUACACAGGAAUAUACCACCUCUCAAGUUCUACUAUGACUUUAAAUCAAACAUCUCUCUGUACACCAUUGUCUGGGGACCUUGUUGGGACCCUGCCUGGACUCUAAUUGGUCAGUCUGUGGACUUGCUCACCAAACCAACCGCUGACCCCUCACCUCUUCUCGCCUGGUGGGACAAAAGUCGGCUCCUUCUCCAUGGUCACUGGAUAAUGGACAUUGAGCAAGCAAAUCUCCAUCAGCUCGCUACAGAAGACCCUUACAACACUACAGAAAACAUGCACUGGGAAUGGUCUAAGCUCAACUUUGACUGGAAUCCAGGGCAAUUUGUGUUUAAGGGCGAUUUGGAUGUGAAUGUUCGGACCGCUUCAAAGUAUGAUGAUAUCUGCUUUUUACAAUUGCCUAACCUGUGUAUGACCCUUGACCUUCAAUGGCUUUGCCACGGAAACCCUCACGAUCACCAUGCAGUGACACUGUGCUGUGCAGACAGCAUCGCAGAUGUGACUUCUGGACAACCGCACGACUCUUAUCGAGCUUUUCGCUCAGAAAACCUCAAUCUUUCCAUCACCAUGGAUCUCAAUCAGGGCUCAGAGCUCGCUCAACCUAAAAUCCUACUGUACAGCAGCACAUUGCGUUGGAUGCAGAACUUUUGGGCCACUUGGACCAGUGUCUCUCGACCAAUAUGCAGAGGCAAGCUCUUCCAGAGCCUCAAACCUGUUCGCAAGAAGCUGGGUCAGCAUUACAAGCAGAUGUCCUACACAGCUGCUUUCCCUAAGUUACAGGUGCUGUACUGGGCAUCCUUUGCUCAACAAAGAGGAAUCCAAGUAGAAUGUAGCAAAGGGCAUGUCUUCACUCGAGGCGCUCAGAGGCUCAUUCCACAGGCUGGGACUGUGAUGAGGAGGCUGAUUUCUGAGUGGAACGUGACUCAAAUGGUGAGUGAGCUGUCCCAGGUGACUGUGCACCUGAUGGCCUCCACAUGGGACGAGACUGCAGACCACCAGCUCAACGCCCAGGUCAAGAAAACCCACCUCCUCAGUUUGUCCUCUCUGAGCUACCAACGGCAAAGCAACCGCAUGGAGGAGGAGGUGAACACAAAAGAUGAGACUAAUGCUUCCUACACUCAUAAACUGCGUCUUGUGGAUCUGCGUGCAUCUUGGACCACCACGAACAGGAACAUUGCCUUUGCUCUGUAUGACGGCUACAAAAAGGCCUCUGUUUUGAAGCGGAACCUCUCCACUGAAGCUUUGAAGGGUCUCAAGAUCGACACUCAAGUUCAGGCAAAGAAGCUCAAACGCUCUCCCUCCAACUACUCUCCUUCAACUGCCCCCACCACCCCCACCACCAGCAGCACCCUCAGUCGAGCAGAAAAACAUGAAGGAACAUCAAUGCUGCAAAAGCUCAUUGAAGAAACGGAUAAGUUUGUGGUGUUUUCAGAAGAAGACUCGGGUGUGAGCGAUCAGCUAUGUGGGAUUGCAGCCUGUCAAACUGAUGAUGUUUACAAUCGUAAUUGGUUCAUUGAGUUGGUUAACUGUCAGAUGAUGUUGCGUGGGACAGAGACCGCCGGCUGUGUGCUUGUGUCUGCAGCCAAAGCUCAGCUCCUUCAGUGUGAACACCAUCCCUCCUGGUACAAUGACACUCUGAAGCAGAAGACCACGUGGACAUGCUUGCUCGACGGCAUGCAGUACUUUGCCACUAUGGAGCUCAAUCCAUCUGAAGAUGAGGACAGGCAGCUGUGGCUAGAGGUUAAAAAUAUUGAAGAGCAUAGGCAGAGAAAUCUAGACUCUGUGCUGGAACUGAUGGAGAGUGGCCAGGCAGUGGGAGGAAUGGUUAGCACUACAACAGAUUGGAAUCAGCCUGCUCAGGUUAACGAAACUCAACAGGUUCAGCGAAUCAUAUCCCGUUGUAGCUGCAGGAUGCACUACAUCAGCUAUAGUCAUGACAUAAACCCUGAACUGGCAACACAAAUUAAGCCUCCAGAGCUUAGAAACACCCAUGAGAAAGAAGACCUGCUGAAGAAACAAGCUGGUGCGGUGGACACAUUCACCCUUAUUCACCAUGACCUUGAGAUAUCAACAAACCCUGUUCAAUAUGCCAUGAUUCUGGAUAUUGUAAACAACUUGUUGCUACACGUGGAGCCCAGAAGGAAGGAGCACAGUGAGAAAAAGCAGCGUGUGCGGUUCCAGUUGGAGAUUUCAAGUAACCCUGAGGAACAGCGCAGCAGCAUCUUGCACCUUCAAGAGGCAGUCAGACAGCACCUGGCUCAGAUCAGGCGGCUAGAGAAACAGAUCUAUUCAAAUAUUAGGGCUCAGCCAGAAGACAUUAGCAGUGAUGAAGUGAAUGAAAUUAACAUAGGACUCCAGAAUCAGCUGAACCAGGAAAAGAAUGACAUGCAGAUGAAAAGUGAAGAACUCAACAUUCUAAUCAGGUGUUUCAAGGACUUCCAGCUGCAGAGGGCCAACAAGCUGGAGCUGAGGAAGCCCCCUGAAGAUGUGAGUGUGGUGAGGAGGACAGAGAUCUACUUUGCUCAGGCGCGUUGGUGUCUGACCGAAGAGGAUGGACAGCUCGGUAUCGCAGAGUUAGAGCUGCAGAGGUUCAUGUACAGCAAGCUGAACAAAUCUGAUGACACAGCAGAGCAUCUUUUGGAGCUUGGUUGGUUCACAAUGAACAAUCUUCUUCCCAAUGCUGCAUACAAGGUUGUACUGCGGCCACAAAGUACCUGCCAAUCAGGACGGCAGUUUGCCUUGCGCAUCUUUAGUAAAGUGCGCCCCCCUGUGGGAGGAAUCUCAGUGAAGGAGCAUUUUGAAGUGAAUGUGGUUCCCCUAACAAUUCAGCUCAUGUACCAGUUCUUCAAAAGGAUGAUGGGAUUUUUCUUCCCGGGUCGAAAUGUUGAGGAGGAGGAAGUUGCCGAUGAAGAAGACAAGUUUAGAUUGGUCACUACUGGGAUUCCUGUCAAGCCUCGGCAGUCGUCGGAGGACACCAUUGGCCCCAUUGGUCCCAGCAAAAGCAUGACGCAGGGAUUGAACAGAACUGCAGGGGUCAGACGAUCAUUCAGAAAGCCUCCAGAGCACCCAGUUGACGAUAUUGAUAAAAUGAAGGAAAGAGCUGCUAUGAACAACUCUUUCAUUUACAUUAAGAUUCCUCAAGUGCCCCUAUGCGUCAGUUACAAGGGAGAGAAGAGUAGUGUAGACUGGAAGGAUCUAAACUUGGUGUUGCCUUGUUUGGAAUAUCACAAUAACACUUGGACAUGGCUGGACUUUGCCAUGGCAGUGAAGAGAGACAGUCGUAAAGCGCUUGUAGCACAGAUGAUAAAGGAAAAGCUGAGGCUAAAGCCGGCUGCAGGCUCUGAUGUGCGAGGAAAGGCAUCGGAGGUGAAGAGUGACAACAGUCUGCAGCAGCAGGAGGAGGACGAGAAGGCUCGGCUCCUUAUCGGCCUCAGUACCGCUGACAAGAGCUCCAGCAAAAAGAGCAUCUUUAGCCGACGCAAGUGAACUCGCAUAUUUAUACAUUAUACACAUACUGAUUACACUAACGCUGAGCGUGUGGGGAAUCACAGUGACUGUCACUCAAAGAGGGUAAGGGGAGACGGGUCUAAUUAUUUCAAAUGCAUCUUUGUGUUCAUCUAAGCAUUGAUCUCAGUCAUAGCCUGCUGAAUAGAUUUCCAUAGGGUAUAGUGUUAUUUCAUUUUUCAAUACUUGAAUUGAUUUGCCAUAUCUUAUCUUGCAAUUAUUUGAAUAAGCCAGUAUUUUAUGUGCCAUUUCGACCAAAUGCAUUUUUCUUUUUCACACACUUUUCACACACUUUUCACACACAAAACUCUAAAUUUAAACCACUUUUCACAUUGAAGACUGGAGUGGGGAAAAAUUAUGUAGCUUAGUAUUUCCUCAGUCUAUAUCAAAUGCAAAAUUGAAAGCACCUUUUCCUGCUGGUUCAGGAACAACACUGCAACUUGAAAACAAAUAAUGCCAAUUAUAUAUUUGUAUGUUUUAUCAUAUCUCACAUUACUAUAGAUAUGGAUGCUUGACAUUGGCCAAAAAAGCACAAAAGUAUUUUUAACAUUUCACUUGGUUUGCUCUGCAAGCACCUGUGCCUCAUUUUCAUGCAGUAUAAACUUAGAACAACAGACACCAUUUAAAUAUGUUAUACAGUGUAACUGUGUGCUGAUGGUUAAACAUGUUUCUAGACCGAGGGUGUUUGUAAUUUUAAUACUUGAGCACUUUUAAUGCAUAGUACUUUGAUAUUUUUGUACAAAAUAUGUUUCUGUCUUAAAUCUAAUUUCUGCUAAAGCUACUUAUCAUUUACUUGCCGAUAAAAGAAUAAAAAAUGUCUACGAUAAGGAACUUGUCAUGAUCUCUGUGGCCUUGUUUAUCUGUCAAUAAAAUUAUUUUC